AAUUUGCACUGGAAACUGUAAUCAUGCCUACGGAUCGCCAAAAAUGGUAUUGUCAGGCAGUGAAAUGUUUCGAUUUUCUUCCUUUCUUUGUGGGUAGGUCUUCCAGUGAUGAUGGUGGCCAUUUCACUUGGCAUCGCUACUGGAAAAAAGAAAAAAUGUUUACAAAGUUAUACGAGUGAUAAAUAUUCAGUUGCUGACUUUCCUCGACUAUUCGUCGCCUUUGUGGCUUUCAUUGAAGUUAAUUGGCAUCAAAGCAUGCGUGGUGAUGAUUCCCCUACUGGGUGUCACGUGGCAUUCGGUCUCCUCUCGCCUGUACAUGAAGCUUUCGUUUACGUCUUCACCAUACUCAACUCUGCUCAAGUCAGUAUUCGCUGUCAUCCUUCGUUUGUUGAUGAAAUUGCCAGGGACAGCAAAAUUUACAGGUUUCCUAACAAUGAAGUCUGCUCAAUCUUGGGAGGUUAUUUAGUCUCCAUCGAGACUGAGGAAGAAUGGCAGUUUAUCAAUCAUGAGAUUCAAAAGCGUGGUACUUGGAAUACUUCGACUACUAAUGCGUGGCUCAUUGGUUUGGAGAAGAAAGACGGGGUUUGGAUAUGGAAGAGUGGAAAACAACUGAAUAUCUCGAAAUGGCGAGAUUCUGAGCCAAAUGGGAACGACGAAAGGGCAGAAAUAUCCAUGAACGGAAGCCUCUUUAAUGGUAUCCCUCGGAAUAAUAAAGGAGAUGCCUACAUUUGCGAGAUGCCCGGAGAAUGCCCAAAUAUAACUUUUAAAAACUCUUGGUACAUAAUUUCGGUGGAUGGAGAGUCCUGGUACUGGAGCAGAGACACUUGCUCAAGUCUAGGCGGGGACCUAGUUUCCUUUGAAACCCAAGAAGAAUGGAAUUUGAUUAAUGACGAAAUUCAAAGGCGAAACACUACGAACUAUGAAAAUAAAUGGAGAAUUGGUUUAAAAAAAAGGGCCAGGAAUUGGACCUGGGUGAGUGGAAGACCGCUGACUAUUUCCAAAUGGGGACAAGGGGAGCCAAGCGGUGAACACGACGCGGCUUUCAUGUACAAGAGGUUCCGUAAUGGCGAACAGGGCGUAUUUGGAAGUGAUAAUGGUACAAGUGGGAAAAAACAGCACGCUUAUAUUUGUGAGAUCCCCGAGAACUCCUCAAUACCUUCAGUACCUUCGUCGCCCUCACUAUCAUCCAGAGUAGCCCUUGCAACCUCACCAUCACCAUCGCCAUCGUCGUCGUCAUCCCCGUCGCCGUCGCCGUCGCCGUCGCCGUCGCCGUCGCCGUCGCCAUCGCCAUCGCCAUCGCCAUCGCCGUCACCAGUUGAGCAGCUUGCAAAGGAGUAUGUUUCAAAAUUUGGCGGAAUAAAUAUUACCAGAAGGACUUCCCUACAGGAGGCUGUUACUGUGUUUGAAGAUUUCACCUUAAAAAUCAAGAACGUCACAAAAGACAAGGCCGGCAUAGAAGAGGUUAAAACACUGAAAAAAUCCAUCUUUGAGGUGGCAGAGGCCGUCGAGAAAUUUGCUCUUAAUUACGGCAACCGACACCUGAGAGGAAUGAGGCCUUCAGAAAGGAUCGUUUCCCCCAAAAUUGUUUUGGUCAUUCAAAAAGCCUAUCGCCAGAAUGCAAGUGGCUUCAACUUUGAGGAACAACGAUGGCGAGCAAGAAUCGAUAUCGCUUCUUCAACUUUUGAGGAAAAUGGAUCAAUGGUGGUUGCAUGUGUGUACAAGGAUUUGCAUGACCUACUUCUGACAGACCAAGCCAUGAAGAGUGAAACAGACAACCAAAGGUAUAUCAACUCCAGGAUAAUGGCCGUAACUAUGAACCCCAAGCCAGAGAAAUUGCGAGAAAAUGUCAUCCUACAGUUCAGAAACCUAAAGGUCUUGACGGCAGAGAAGCGCUGUAUGUUUUGGAGUGGCCUCAGCAAAAACUUUUCAGAGGAAGGUUGUCAUGUAAUUACAUCAAAAAGUAACUCAGAAGAAACAGUUUGCAGUUGCAAUCAUUUGACGCAUUUUGCCGUCUUAAUGGACUACGACGGUAGCACAAAGCUCACCGAGGAGGACGAAACCAUUCUGAAAGUUGCCACCUACGUUGGACUGAGCCUUUCCAUAAUCGGGAUACUUUUAACAUUAAUACUUUAUUCUUGCCUCACAGAUGUUUGUAAACCUCUCUCUCAAAUUCGAAUGAGUGUUUCUAUGUCCCUUGGGGCUGGACAGAUCAUCUUCCUCGCUGGAAUAAACGCCACAGAAAACAAAGCUGCCUGUGUUACAAUAGCAGCUCUGAUGCAGUAUUUCUUGAUGGCCGCUUUCUGUUGGAUGCUGAUCGAGGGAAUUUAUCUCUACUUCUUCGUUGUGAAAGUUUACAACAUUAACACCAAAAUGUACACGUAUCACGUCAUCUCAUGGGGUCUUCCAGUGAUCAUGGUGGCCAUUUCACUUGGCAUCGCUGCUGGAAAAGAAGGGUUACAAAGCUAUACGAAUGAUAAAUAUUGCUGGCUUUCCUCGACUAACAACCUGAUCUGGAUAUUCGUCGCCUUUGUGGCUUUUAUUGAAGUUCUCAACAUUUUGAUACUCCUACGUGUAAUAAGGGAGAUGACCAAUAUGUUGCAGCCAACAGGGGCAGACCACCAUUUUCAGCAAAUACGUCUUGGCAUCAAAACAUGCGCGGUGAUGAUUCCCCAGCUGGGUGUCACGUGGCUAUUCGGUCUCCUCUCGCCUGUACAUAAAGCUUUCGCUUACAUCUUCACCAUACUUAACUCUACUCAGGGUUUCCUGAUUUUCGCUCUACACUGUGUGCGAAACACUCAGAUCAGAGAGCGAUUCAAAAGAAAGAUGAACAUCGUUUUUCCAUCUUCUAUAAAAGACAACUCCACAAGGAAGAGCCCACAGGUCAAUCCAAAUGAGGUUUGGAAUGUGAUCGUAUAUUUGCAGGCAGGAAUAAUCGAAAUUCCUAAUGGCUCCGUAUGCUGAUGACUGCUUUGUUUCACUUACUUAGUUUAUAAACUUCUUAUCAAACACUGUUAUUACUUUUAACUAUAAGCUAUGGAUAGUCCUGAAACCAUUAGUUUCUAGAAAUUUCUAGAAUACGUAGUCCUGUUGACAUGCAUAAAAAGGAACUUUCUGCAAAAUUUUAUUAGGUUGCGUAGCUAUGGUGUAACACCACCAAAAUGGUUCUUGUAAGCUUCUGGAAUUAUCUGGAACACUUUGUACAAAAGGACUCAAGCUUGUUGUUGUCGGGAGUGACUGAUUUUUCAGAAAGUUAUAAUGAAAGAGAGCUAUUGUGGAAGAUUGUUAAUUUCGAGGAACUGGGGAGACAACUGUGAGAUUGUGUCAGUGGUGAGCUAAGAUGUAAUUUGCAAUGGGCUUAAAUAAGUUUAUUCAGCAUAAAAACUGUACUUCCUUUAAGAGUCGCUCCUUAGUCGGAAUAUUAAAGUUGUUUACUAGUGUUCUUUUUGUCGGUUAAAUUGUACCGUAACAAAAAAAUGCCCAUAGCAGUAGCAGCUAAAGUUGACGUUCAAAGCCAUAUCAUGGUUCAAACAGGAAAAUGACACCGACAUUACACUUUUAAAUAAACAAAUAACUUUUAACGACAUCCCCCGUUUAACUCACCAAACCGAUUUCCCGA